CUGCGUUUAGACACAUCGACUAAAACCCUAACCCCAGAAAACGUAGACUCUGCGCCGUCGUCUUUUCAUAUAUUAAGAACCGCAUUUGUUUUCAUUUGCUUUUUUGAUCGGAGGAUAGAGAAGGCAGCUAGAGAGCUCGUCGACAAUGUCGAAGCGAGGUAGGGGAGGUUCCGCCGGGAAUAAAUUUAGGAUGUCGCUAGGUCUUCCUGUGGCGGCUACAGUGAACUGUGCCGAUAACACAGGAGCUAAGAACCUCUAUAUCAUUUCGGUGAAGGGGAUCAAGGGCCGCCUCAACCGUCUGCCAUCUGCUUGUGUUGGUGACAUGGUUAUGGCGACGGUCAAGAAGGGAAAACCUGACCUCAGGAAGAAGGUGCUGCCUGCUGUUAUUGUCAGGCAGCGCAAGCCAUGGCGCCGAAAGGAUGGUGUCUUUAUGUACUUCGAAGAUAAUGCUGGUGUCAUCGUGAAUCCCAAAGGAGAGAUGAAAGGUUCUGCUAUAACAGGCCCAAUUGGAAAGGAAUGUGCGGAUCUCUGGCCGAGAAUUGCAAGUGCUGCUAAUGCUAUUGUUUGACCAUCAAAUCAAGUGAAUUGUUAUCCUUCUAGGCUAGGAUUAUAUGAUUAAAUUUCAUUGUUGGGAUUAACUUACUUUAUCUUGACAAGAAAUUAUGGUUAUGAGUUUUGGUUGAUACUCAAUGUGUUUUGUCUCUAUAGAUGAAGUUAAUUUGUGCCCA